CAGGUUAAUGUUCCAAAACAGCGCCGCACUUAUUGCAAGGGCAAGAACUGUCGAAGACACACUUUGCACAAAGUGACCCAGUACAAAAAGGGAAAAGAUAGUCUUUACGCUCAGGGUAAGACUUAUGGAUGAACUGAUACUAACUAUUGAUAGUGGCAUCGUCUCUGUAAAUAUCUUGAUAAAGAAUUACUCUUCGUGCUUUGUCGAAAGGUCUUUAAAAGUGAUCGAUCUUAGUUUUGGGGAACGUUCGAACAGUUCUUGAGUAUUUUUGCCGUUUCUUUCAGGAAAACGCCGUUACGAUCGUAAACAGUCAGGCUAUGGUGGUCAAACGAAACCCAUUUUCCACAAAAAGGUUAGAAAAAGAGACAUUUCAUGUCCGUACGAUCGUAUGUUCAAUUAUUACCCCACUGCCCGCUUUACUUGUGUGCCUUAGGUCGAAAUUUCGAUCCAAUGGUACAUUAUGCACUCUUACUCUGAUUAGAUCUUUCAGUGAAUGGAUAUAGUUUUAAACUGUUUAGUUGAAAUACUCUCAAUUUCUGGUGGAAUGUUACGGUCUCUAUCGAUGGAAGUUUUGUUUUGAUAUGAAAUAUGUAUGGAACGAAAAUUUUGUCCUAAUUUCAAGGAAAUUGUUAGUUUUGUGCACCUCUGUAUACCAGUGAAAUAAAUAUUUUAUAUAAUUAUGUGUCAUUAUCAUUAGGCGUUUUUGUUUCUGUCUCAAUGGUUCACUUUAAGUGCGGACUGCAAUGUUUUGAUUGCAUAUCACAAGCCUCCUUUAGGCUGAGACCACGACAGGUUACAUAUCACCCCUUGAAGCAUUAUGCUUUGUUGUGAUUAUUUUUUCUGUAACAGCUACAUUUAAGGAUAUGGUAGACCUUCAAGGGCCAAUUUGUUUUAAAUGUUUUUUUCUCAAGUCAAGUCAAACUAAAUAUAACUAUCUUCGCAUGUAGUUAUUUUCAAAAUGUGUGAUUAGCCAAUUUUAAUGUUUCAAGAUAAAUGACUCUUGAUAUAUUUUUGGCAGCAUAAAUAUCAGUUACAUUCAGUAAUCUUGGCUAUAUUCUCUGCGUAUAAAACUAGACUGUAAAUGGGGAAAGAUAAAAAGGAGAAAAGUCUUUUAGUUUUGAAGAUUAACUCCAUAUUAUUGAAUUUGUUACCUUAUUAAUAAGCUCAUUGAAACAUUGUCUAUUCCCAUUUGUCAGGUCUUAGUUAAUUUAUGAUUAGAUGUAGUACAUUUUCUAACCUUUCCUUUGACUUAAAUUUGAAGGCGAUUAGGCUUCCAGUAGAACAUUGACAAUCUUUUAAUAGGGAAACCCACCCACCCCCCCACCACUGUAUGCUCCUUUGUGAUUACUACCAAAUUUAACCCAGGAUAACCACAACUUCAUAUAAGAUUAUUACAGGUUAUAAUUUGAAAUUAUUUCUCUAAUUUUCAAGGCCAAAACAACAAAGAAAAUUGUUCUCCGUAUGGAGUGCACAGAUUGCAAGUACAGGAAACAAAUUGCCCUGAAAAGAUGCAAACACUUUGAGCUGGGUGGAGACAAGAAGAGAAAGGUAAAAGCAGUCUGUAUUCAUUUGUAAGGGUUAACGGCCCACGAUCACUCAAGUGACUUUACACUUGGUGGGUUAUUUUGGAGCAAUUUGUUGUAUGCAGCAUUCUCCCUGGUGGUCAUCAAAAUUAUAUCUAAGUUGUAAAUUUUUCUUCAGCAGAUUAGUGUUAACAGAAAGAUAAUUCCAUGCUGUUGGGAUCUAGCUAUAUACCUGUUUGACAUCAUACUGUAUUUUAACUUGUUUACUGGUGGCCUGUAGGUUUUGAGAGUCUUGGUUGACUGAAGUAAACACAUUCCAUUCUGACCAAGACUAAUCCCCUCUUACCACCUCUCUUUCCUCCUUUUUUUUUUCCCCUGAAACAUUGAUGGUGCAGAAAAAGGGCCAUGAUUAAUGAUGUAUCAUGUAUAUCUCCUAACAUUUUUCUUUUGUAUUUCUUCUAGGGUCAAAUGAUCCAGUUCUGA